ACCCCACUAUUCACUAAAUAGUGAAUGAAGCAACAUCGCAGAAAAAUAAACUCCAACAAAGGAUUGGAUCAAUUGAAUUAUUGAUGAAGGGACCCUCUAAUUUGGAUGCACUUAAAAUCAAAAUCCACUUCAUCAUCUUCAGUCGGCAAUUCACCAAGAACAGCAGCAACAAGAUGGUACCGAAGAAAAAUAAUGCACGAUGAACAGGAGAGGUACUAUUUGCAGAAAGAAAUCAAGAGCGGCGAUCAAAUCUGAUGAAGACUGAAGUAAUAAUACAGCAAUAUUUAUUUUUCAACACCUUCAUUUCAGGAUUUUUGGUGCUCUGGCCCCUUCUUCUACUCCUAUAUAAAGGACCAUUUGAGAGCUCCGGCAGGACACCAAUUCGGAGAGAAAUCUCCUUCUUCUUUCUUUAGUUCAGUUUGUAUUAGUAGUUAUUUAAUAAAUAGUUCUUUCUAGAGCUACUAUGUAUAAAUCAGUACUCCUCUAAAGUUAGUUUCCAGCAAUUUCAGUCUUGAGUUCGUCAUCUUGUGCACUCCAGUUCCAGAAAAGCCUGAAUGCAAGUAAAGUUUUAUUCUCUUUUAAUUUCGUUUCUCAUACUUAAAUAUUAAACAAUGUAUGAAGUAUUUGUAUUCAUUUUAUUUUCGUGCAAACAUGAGUAGCUAAUUUAGUUUAGGCUUGGGCAAGAUGUAAAUUUUACUGUUAAUGUUCAUAUGAUAAUAAUUGGUUAAAACUUUUACUUGGUUAAUUUUAGGGUGUUGGGUUGAAUGUUCUAAUCUGCUAAAUACAUUAUAUUGGGAAAUGAAUAUUAUCACGGGAGUGAAGUUUCAUUAAAAAUCCCUUUAGUUAAUUCACCCACUAAAUUGCUACACGGAAGUGUUAAGGAAUUUAGGAUAAUUUGAUUUUGUACUUUUUACUGUCUUAAUAAAAUUACCGCGGGAGCAGAAUUAAUUUAAGAUAGUGUAAUCAACUAAGUCGUGGGAACGAUUAGAAGAUUACCAUUUGAAAAUCUUUCACACACCUAAAAGUAACCAAGUUAAUCAGUUAAAUCUUUAUUAUUAUGAACAUGAAAAUAAAAUCACUCUUAGCCCAAGCCUAAUUUUCACUAUAUCAUUAAUUGUUAAAUUAUCAAGUAUUGUGAUUUAUUUUAUUUCCUAGCAAUUUCACAUUUAUAAAAACAAGAUAAAAAAAUCUGUUCACUUAGCUCCAUUGCAAAAUGUUAUCAAUUUGUGAUUAGCUAAAAAUCAAUCAUUAAUUCUAGUUCUCUUUUUGAGCCAUUCUCUAGCGGAACGAUACUCACUUACUCUAUACUAUAUCGUUACAAGCCAAUUAAAACAUCAUUUCCAUUCACAUUUUUACACCAUUUCACACUACACAUUUUGGUCUGUCAGAAGAGUUCGUCUGGGGCAUUGCUAGCUAGUUUGAGGGCAUUGAGAGCCAAAUUGGAGGUACCUAACAAUGGUGCCUUAUUGGCACGAUUUGAGGUGAGACUUACUUUUCUUGAUGAGAUCAAGAAGGGUCAAGAAACUGACUAAGAACUUAUUGUUGGAAAAAAGUGUGUUAAAUUGCAUUAAAUGGUCAUUAUGGGGCAAUUUUUUGAGCAGGGUCCACUUCCGAUUUGGGUCGGGUCAAAGUGGUUUCGGAUAGUCCUUGCUUAGGGCUACAAUUCGAUAUAUGGUACGCUCAAAACGGAUAACGGGUGAAUGAGAAAUCGCUUUUCGAAGUGUACCCGUUGGAAUGGAGAAAACUAGGAAAAAGUGUGGUUUUGGUAUGGGUUUUUCCCACACCGAAAAUCACAAGGGAAUUUGAACCCUUUAUAAAGGGAAACCCCCCUUAAGGAGUUAAGAUUCCUUAGGGUAAAGGCUCUCUUCACGCGCGCAGGGGGGGGGAGCGAAUCAAAUCCCGAAACCGAAGAACAAAAAGCGCGACUUGCGUGCGCGUCCGACCUGCGGACACGAAUGCCGUCCGAAAAUCCUAUCUUCUAAAGAUAACGUUAAUUUUUGUUCUGUUUAUUGGGCUGUUUAUUGGCUGGAAUCAAUGCCGAACGUUUAGGACAUUGAUGUCCAACGUUCACAAGCCUUAAACAGCCAUUAACACACCAUAAUCCACCCUUAUAAAAGGCUAGUAGGUGCUUUGCUAACGACACACGUUCAUACACUUCGUGCACAUAUUUUCAGAGCUAAAAAACACCUCUAGCAUUCCACAAAAACUCUUUAGUGUUCUUGCUUUGUUCACGUUCGUGGGAACUUUCGUUUGAGUGCUCAAACGCUUGUUCGUAGUCAUCGUAUCCUGGGAAACGAUUCUUGCAACGCUCCUAGCACCCCGGGAGGCAACGAAUACGUUUUAAGGAAAUCGUGCGUUGCACGAGCUUUGACUUGUUCUGCUUCAUCUCAUUUCUUGUUUUCGUUUUGUCAUUUUAAUUUAUUAAUUUUAUUAAUUCAUUUUAUUUGUUUUUCAAAACACACCCAACACUUAUGAAGGUCCGGGAACGCAUGCAAGCGGGACCAGUGGAGGAUUUCAGGGAAAGAGAUGAUGGUCUCUUAUUAUUUCAUGACCAAGUGUGUGUACCGUCGGAUGAUGAGCUCUGAAAGUCCAUCUUAGAGGAAGCUCAUUCAUCGGCUUAUGCCAUGCACCCGGGGGGCAUGAAAAUGUACCGUGAGUUAAAAGAAAGUUAUUGGUGGUCUGGUAUGAAGAAGGAAAUAGCUGAGCACAUCAGCCGAUGCCUUACUUGUCAACAAGUUAAGGCAGAACAUCGGCAUCCAGCUGGGUUAUUAGAGCCACUUUCCAUUCCAGAGUGGAAAUGGGAGCACGUGACUAUGGAUUUUGUGGUAGGGCUACCACAGACAGUAAAUAAUUAUGAUGCCGUGUUGGUUGUGGUUGAUAGGCUCACGAAGAGUGCACAUUUUCUACCUAUCAACACUACCUAUGCACUUGAGAGGUUAGCCAAAUUGUAUGUGGAUGAGAUGGUGAGGCUACAUGGGUUUCCUAUAACCAUUGUAUCCGACAGGAAUCCACGAUUCACAUCACGAUUUUGGCCGAAGUUCCAAGAGUCUAUGGGAACGAGAUUGAUGUUUAGCACUGCUUUUCAUCCACAGACGGAUGGACAAUCGGAGAGGGUCAUACAGAUUUUAAAGGAUAUGUUGAGAGCUUGUGCAUUGAAGUUCCAAGGAAGUUGGGACAACCAUUUGGAACUUGUAGAGUUUGCCUAUAACAACAGUUAUCAGGCGAGUAUUGGCAUGCCUCCAUGCGAAGCAUUGUAUGGCAGGAGAUGUCGUACACCGUUGUGUUGGGAUGAGGUUGGCAUGGCCAAGCUCGAGAGCACGGAAUUGGUGGAGAUCACUAAGUCAAAGGUUAAAAUGAUUCGAGAGAGACUUAAGGCGGCCCAGAAUAGACAGAAGAGCUAUGCCGAUAAGCGCCGAAGAGCCUUGGAAUUUAAGGUGGGAGAUGAGGUAUUCUUGAAGGUUUCACCUUGGAAAAGAAUCAUCCAAUUUCAAAGCCGAGGGAAACUUAACCCACGCUGUUCAUUGCAUUAAGGACUUCUGACGAGAGUGCGAUGGCAUCGGCGGCAAGUGCGACAGGGAAGCCUCCUGACGGGGGGAAUGUUUGGGAUUGCAAAUCAUUCGCUGAUGUUGUAGCCAAUCGUUCUGUGUUGAAGCCGGAGAAAUCGAGAUUCAAAGGAUUGCCUUCCAUAAGUUUUUCUGAUGGUGAUGCGGUGAAAUUGGUAGAUAAACAUAAGAGAGCCUUGGUGGGCUAUUUCUUCAAGGGGAAGCCUAGCCUUCCGAUCAUCAGGAAAUCUUUUGAAAUAAUUGGAUUCAAAGGAAACUUUCAAUUGGGAGUUUUAGAUCUGAAACACAUCCUGAUUAGGUUUGAUCUGGAGGAGGAUUUCCUUCGAUGCUGGAACCGGCAAUCAUGGGUUGUUCAAGGUCAUAAGAUGAGUCACCAAAUGGACUCUGGAGUUCUGACCUAAUGUGGAGUCUCUGGUGGUUCUGGUGUGGAUUGCGAUGGAGGGGUUGCCAAUACAUUUACAAGAUAAAACUGCCCUGUUUGAGAUAGCUAGCUUGAUUGGUAACCCUUUGAAAAUAGACUCGGCCACAACUUCUUUAUCCAGGCCAGCAGUGGCUAGAGUUUGUAUUGAAUUGGAUCUCACCAAGGAGAUGCCAACAAAGAUUUGGAUCAAUUGUGGUGCUAUUGGGUUUGCACAAUCUAUAAUAUACGAAGACCGGCCAGAAUAUUGUUCAGAGUGUUUUCAUCUAGGACAUUCUAAUGGGAAAUGUCCAAAGAAGUAGUCUGAACAGACUGUAGGUCUGGUUAAGGAGAAAUGGGUCCAGAAGAAUUGUAACAAUCUCAAUUUCACAAAAAAUUUAAAUUCAAGAUAAAAAGGUAAAUAGAAAAAAAAAUGAUGAUAAAAAAAUUUAGUAACAAGAUAAUUUUCGUAAUAUCAAGGAAUUAUAAAUCAAGAGGCUAGAUUAUUUUGCCACUAGUCACAUAAUGUUAUACGCACAUAUGGACGCAUGGCUAUAACUUGAUGUAUGGUCACAUAUAGAGAUACAUAUACACGAUCUGAGUAUAAUAAUACAAAAUUAAUCUUAGACAUUUUAGUGAAGCUCUAACUUUGUCAUUCUCUCUAAACCUUAGCCUCCCCAAACCUUAGCCCACCUUCGCCCAAGGCGGCCAUGGCUCCCAUGGCAGCCACCAACCAUAUGCCAUCACCAACCACCACCCCACAACCUACACAAACUACCGAAAUAAGCACUCCUGGUGCACUAGCCACCACCAGCGCAGGUAAACAGGGGCCUUCUAACAUUCUGCCCGGAAAAUCUUUUCUUCAGGCAGCAGCCGGAAUUUCUACCACCAAGCCUACUAAAUUUCCACCCACCGGAAACAGAGUUUAAAGGCCUCCACCGCGUCCUAAAACUUAUGCAGAUAUCCUUUCCCAGCCCACCGACCAAACUGUUCCCCUAAAACAGCCAUCCACCUACAAUGGCUUACCGGGAGUAGCAUUCUCACAGGAGGAAGUUGCCUCUCUCUGACACAUUGUCCUUUGCUCUCAUAGGCUCUUUGUAACACCGGACCCGAAUUUUACCCAGAUAAAAUUUUUUCGUAAAGUACUUGGUUAAAGAAGGUAAAUCAAGACUAAGAGUAGUCUCGAUAAAUGAGAAAGUAAAAUUUUGUCCUAGAUUAAUAAAGGGUUAUUAAUUUAGGCGUAGGAUCACUCGUGGUUUUUCAAGUUUAUAAAAUAUUAUUGUUUCCCAAAACGAUACUAUUAUGAUAGUGAGUAUGGGUCGUGGACCCCAGUGAUAUAAAGAACGACAACUAGAUGGUCAAGCGGGCCGGAGUCACUAAUCGAUAAUUGUGCGUCCUUAAUUAACGGACUGAUAAUAAUUCGGAGGACUACGAAUUAAUAACAUAAGAAAUAUAAAUAUUUUAAGAACCCAAAAGUAAUGGGAUGAUUAAUAUUGAUUAAUUUGGUAUAUUAAGGAGAGUACUUUUGGAUGACCCUACCUUGAAGAUAUUUUGUAUGAGGACAAACAGAUAAGAUUUUAUCUGUUCAUACAUAUCAGACCACUUAAAAAGAAGUGUAACAUUUUAUUAAAGUGUCACAAAAUAUGAAACCACAUAUUUAGUCAUGAGAAAUGAUGAAUGAAUUUUCGAUGGAACAUGUUCUCAUUUUUACUGUUACUUGAACAGUAAAAUGCAAGUUGGGCCCACACAUAGGCGGGGACCAUCCGAUAUUUUCGGGACCACAUAUUACAUUCAUCUUGGUCUAGAUGAUAUUUAUAUGAUGGUUUAUAUUUCUGUUUAGCCAUAGGGUUGGCCGAUUGAUCAAAUGCGGUCAAUUACUGGUAUAGGUAAUUAAACAGAUAACAGCCCAAAAUAAAUUCUGGAGACCACGAAAUUAUAGUUGGGUAAUAUAUAUUCAUUCUAGAGGCCAAUAUUAAUUGGAAUAAUGAUAUAUAUUUUAUUUGACCCAAUGAAAUAAAAUUUAAUUAAAACAGUCCGGAAAAUACAACUUUCGGGACCGAAUGUACACUUCGCGACAUAUUGGGAUGACCUCCCACAUGAGUGGGGGCCACCCCACGAAAUUAUCCACCAAAUAUUUGAAUUUGGAGCUGCAAACACAUGGGAGGAAGCUUGAUGUGGGUGAAGGGAUGGGUGAGACACAAUUGUUAGGUGGAGGGACCCUCCUCCACAUUAUUUUGAGGUAUUCACAAAGGAAUCAUCCUCCCACACACCCACCUCAUCAUAAUUUCGGCCAUCACACUAAGGAAAGAGAGGAGAGCCUCUACAAUUCAUCAUCUUCCAUUGUUGAAGCAAGCUCAAACCAAUGAAGGUCCAAGGAAGAAGAAAGAGUGAGAAAGGAAGAGAAAAACCUUGAUUAAUUAAGGUAAUGAUCUCAUUAACAUUUUUCAUCCUCCAUUUAAUCUCAUAUGAUUUUAUAAAUCAUAUGAUGGACCCUUAAACUUGUUCUACACUUAUAGAGGUGUAGAAUGAGGGUUUGGAGGAUUAAGUUUAACCAUGAACGGAGUUAUGACCGGAGUAAGACCGGUGAUGGACAAUCUACCCGGGGGGUAUCUUAUCCGAGGGGUUAUUGCGGGAAUAACUAGAGAGAAGUCAGAGUAAAUAGGAGGAGAGAGAGUCGAUUUUAUUAAAUGAACUCAGCGUGUCUUACAAGGAGAAUAAGGGCUGCUAUUUAUAGCAGCAAUAAAUGCGAUUAGAGUACACGUGUCAGUAAUCCGACGGCCGAGGGGUCACAUCAGCCGGGUGGCACCGGCAGUGGUACGUUCACCGCAUUGAAUGCGGUUGGCGGAUGUGACGUGGUAUUAAAUGCGGUGGUUGGCUGUCUCCAAAAGGAAUCUUCGAUGACUUAGCAUGUUCGGCCGAAGGCUCUUGUGUAGCCGAGGGCUCCAUGUGGCCAAGGACCCCUGUGUAGUCGAAGGCCUUGUGUGACCGAAGGCUUGGUUCAACCGAAGGCUCCUCCGAUGCCGAGGGCUUGAUAGUGCCGAAGGCUCAUGUUUUUCGCCGUUUUCUCCCAGUAGCUUCGUACGCCAGAGAAGGCUAUCCUGUGAGUUUUGGAGCCUUCGGCCAAGGAGGCCGAAGGCACCCCAGUGUGUAUUCCGGGCUACUUUGAGGCUUGGGCCGUUGUAUUUGGGCCUGAGUUGUUUCCUUGGCUCAAUGGACUUGUGUAGGAGAAGUAGGAGUCUAUGGGCCGGGGGUUCCUGGGCCAUAUACUCCAUCAGGAGUCCCUCACUCCUUUUGCCGAAAGGUACUUGAGGGAAAAGGAGUAGAUGUGUUGAUUCUUCCGGAGGCUUCAUCAUUUGGUUGGGCGCAUACGCUUGAGAAUCCGCCUUCUGCUGAUUGCCGAAGGCUUCCCUCAGUCCCUCACAUGUCGAGGGUUUCCUGAGGGAAGUAUAACACCUGUAUGACUGCCGAAGGCUUUCCUCAGUCCCUCACAUGCCGAGGGUUUUCUGAGGAAAGUAUAGAUGUAUUGCCCGCAUGUGUUGUGAUGAAGGCUGCUUCACUACUACAAGUGAUUUGGGAAAAAUUUUGAUACUUGUUUUCUGCCGAAGGGGUCUAUUGAAGUAUGUACCCGAGGGUCUUUACUUUGAUGUUUUCCCCGGAGGCUGUAUGCGUCACUUGUGAAUUUGUUGCAUCUGGGAUUUUUUUUGUUUAUUUUAUGUGUGAUUCCCGAGGGGUGUCUCCCUGUCCCCCACUCCUUUAGGCCGAAGGCAAGUUCGGGCUGAAGGAGUCAUGAUGUGUUGACAAGCUCCCGAGGGGUGGUAACAUUGAUAAGCCGAAGGCUUAUGCUGCUACGGGCUCGAAGGUGCUUGGUGGAAUUCGUUGUCUGAAGGCUGCGGUGAGUGAUACCCGGAGGCUAUCAUUCGAGGGCCUCCCACUGCUGCCGAAAUAUAGUCGUUGUAAUAUAGCCGUUGGAAGAGGAGUUGACGUGGCGUGUCCUCGUUGGUUGAAGGUGGGCGGGAGGCAUCCAUUGGUCGAACCGGCGGUUCGUAAUGAUGGGCUUUGAAUCGAAGCCCAGUUCUCGAGGCCCAGUUGCCUAUAAAUACCCCAAGGCCAGACCUCAAUUCCCUUGUGCGUUUCACUGUUAGCGAAGCUCUGGCGAAAAUUUUCUAGAGAGAGAAAGCCUUUCCUCUGAUCAAAACGAGCUUUUAAGGUUAGUUCCUCGCCUGCUCUUGAUCUCCUUAGUAUAUUUUGCUUCCCAUUCCUUAGAUCUAGUGUUUUGAGCCUUCGUCUAGAACCCCCUUAAGAAAAUGUCUUCCGAAAGCGACUCUCAAAACAUAUCGGAGGAGGUCCCCGCGCAAUCUGAGGGCUAUUCAACUGCGGAGUCAUCUAGCGAGCAGCCGUCCGCAGGAAACGACUCCGCAAUAGCUGAAGAAGUUCAAGGCCAACUCCGCACUGAGAUGGAGGCGGAGGAAUUCGAACAGGUGGUGGUAGAUGAGGAGAUGGCCCUCGCCCUCCAAGUUGCAGAGGAGGAAGAAGAGAAGGAGAGGCAACAAGUCACGGUUGCUGUUCUGCCUUCGCGAGGCGCCGGUGAAGCGAGUAGCUCCCGGCCGAUUGACGCUGUGCCCCUCCGGGUAGCUUCGGGGAAGAAGAGAAAGAAGCAGAAGGCUGCCCCGAAGAAGAAACAGGCUGCGGUAGAUGCAGGACAGCCGGUGGGAAUCCCCGAAGGACAUUCCUAUCUCAAUACAGCCGCACUAGAUUUGAAGACGAAGGCUGUGGAGGCGGAGUAUCUCAAGACUCAGCUCCUGGUGGGUCCGUCGGCGCAGGUGGUGGUGCCGGGCCCUGACGACGUGUUGCUGCAUCCCCCGGAGGGCUGCUGUGCCGUGCACAUCCUCUCGGUGGAGUUGGGCCUUCGGUUCCCGCUCCACCCUUUUCUGGUAGAAUACCUCCGGUUCGUAGGUCUCGCUCCCUGCCAGCUGACCCCGAACAGUCACUCCUACAUUGCCGGGUUCCUUUCGCUAUGCCGAAGUCGAGGAGUUGAACCCACGCUAGAUCAGUUCUUCCUGUCCUUCAAUCUGUGCCGGGGGGGCGCCGCCAAUAGUGAGGGUUUUGCCAACCUCCAGCAAUUGCCUGCUUGGAGGUUGUUCUCGGAGGUGCCUUCGUCCCACAAGGGAUGGAAGGACCGUUUUUGCUACCUCAGGAUGCCGGGAGUUACGUUUCCGAGGCCCCUUCGUAACCAUUUUCGGAGACACCUCAAGGUCGGCAAUGCAUCCCUCGAGAGCAAUGGGAGGAAGCUAACAAAGAAGUCUCCGGGUUCAGAAAAGCUGACGACUAUCAAAGCGGCCACGCUUCCGGAGGAACUGCUUCAGCUCGAGUUCCAGCGUUACCGCCUGCCGGGGGAGAAGGAUGAGAGAUAUCCUCUCUUCGACCGGGGUUCCCAGACUGCCAGAGGUGGCAUAAUGGAUCCGAAGGCAUUCGCUAAGCUGUCCAAGCAAAUGGCGAAGGAGGAGAGGAGGAGGAAGGAGGGGUCUUCGACAAAGAAGCCCGUGGACUCCUUCCCUAAGAAGGACGGGGCUGCUAAGACGCCGGAGGGGGAGGGCCCCUCGAAGAAAUCUGCCCCUGGUGGUGAUGCCGGCUCUGGGGCCGGGAGCUCCCAACUUGGAGAGCUCAAAAGGAAGAAUGCCGGGAAAGGCGUGAAGCUCCCGGAGAAGAAGAAAGCGAGGGGGGAUGCUGGGCAGGAGGAUACUCCCGUGGUGGUUAUCGACGACCCCCCAACCAUCCAGCCGUCGGCCUCCGCUCCCCUAGAGGAUCUUGUCGAGGGGGCAUGGACCCUCGAAACCGUACAUUUCCCCAUCAAGAAGGGGACAGCCAUCAUGCACGGCACCCUCGACCCGAGGGAGUUCUUGAGGGGUGCCACCCCUUCGGUGGAUCGGUCCACCCUCAGCCGGUUUGGGGAUGAAGCCCUCGAACUCAAGGCUCUUCAAGCUUCGGCCACUGUUGAAGCUAGAGCUUACUUCCUGCACCCGUUGCUCGGGAGAUCGAUGGAGAGAAGACGUGGUUCGUGCUUCCUCCGGUUCUAUUUCUAAAUAAUUAAAUAGUGCUCAUGGAACUAUUUUGACUUAUAAAUUAAUGGAGCCUGCGAGCUCUUGUUUUACCCUUGUGUGGGUUCUUAUUAAAUACCUAUAUUCCGCUAUGUGUUUGAUUGUAUGUUGAUGUUGUUAUGUAUGUUUACUAAUCAGUUUUGGCAUAUGUAUCUAUCGGAC